GAAGGCAACGUUUGAGGCGGAGAAGCUGCCGUCUUUAUCAGAACAACCGGUUUGUUCACGGCGAUGUAUUUCCAAAUAUUGCGGGCCAGUCGGUGAUGGCUACCGGCUUCACCCCCUCCUUUUAAAACCCUCUGUUUCUCGCUCUCUGAAUGUUUAAUUCAAAUAAUGGCGUCUUGCCGGAUCUCACUCUUCUUCUUCUUCUUUUUAUUCGUCCUUUGCUUUCAUGAACGGAAGAUUUCCGCCGGUCAAGGCGACCAAUUCGCAAAGGGAAGCAUAGUAAUUCCCGGCCUCGAGCUCCGCGAGCACUCCACCUUCACUAAAAUCUGCACAUCCCCGGCCAUCCCCGGCGAUUCAAUCGCCGCCUUCUUCUCCCCUUCCUCCCUCCCCUCCGGCUUCUUCCCCCUCGGCUCCCACUCCCAACCCCACACUCCCAAUCCCUCACCACCGCGCACCCUAAUCGCUAGCUCCACCGCCGCCUCCACCUCACUCGCCUCCCCCACCGACUUCACACUCCUCUUAUCCACCAACUCCUCCUCCCCUUCCCCCGCCUUCUUCUGGCUCCCAAUUCCCCCUCCCGGCUACACCGCCGUCGGCCACCUCAUCACCACCUCCCCACACAAACCUCCUCUCUCCUCCCUCCGCUGCCUCAGCAACAACCUCCUCGAACCAUGCCCCACCAACCCCCCAAUCUCCUACUCCAAAUCCGAACCCCCUUUCUCCGUGCAACAUUCAGACUCCAUCGGCACCUUCGUCGCAACCAGUCAAAACUCUCUCCUUUGCUUAAAGAAGAACGUAAUAACCCUCGCCGCGAUGCCAAACCUCACCCAAAUCACCUCCCUGAUCCAAACCCGCUCCCCCUGGUUCCAUUUCCACCCUAAAGAGCCCUACUUGCCAUCCUCCGUCUCCUGGUUCUUCAACAACGGCGCCCUGCUAUACACCAACAGCACCCCCAACAGCCCCUCCCGCAUCGAUCCGGCCGGCUCCAACCUCCCCCAAGGCGGCGCUAACGACGGCGCCUACUGGCUCGACCUUCCCGCAGACUCUGCUUCACAGAACAGAAUCAAGGCCGGAAACCUUUCCUCCGCCGAAGCCUACAUCCACGUCAAGCCGGCGCUCGGCGGCACAGCGACGGACAUUGUUUUCUGGCUGUUCUACCCUUUCAAUGGUCCGGCGAGGGCUAAGAUGGGGUUCAUCAACAUCGGGUUAGGGAGAAUUGGAGAGCAUGUGGGGGAUUGGGAGCACGUGACUCAGAGAUUCAGCAACUUCGACGGGGAGUUGAAGAAAAUGUACUUCUCGCAGCAUAGUGCGGGGGAAUGGGUGGAUGCAGGGGAGCUAGAGUAUGCGGAAGGGGGGAAGCGGCCGGCGGCGUAUGCGACGCUGCACGGGCACGCGUUUUACAGAAAGGCGGGAAUGGUGUUGAAGGGAGAGGUGGAGAAGGGGGUGGGGAUAGUGGAUGAGACGGCGGAAGGGGGUGCGGUGGGGGACGCGGGGGCGGAUUUGGGGGUGGAGGAGCCGGCGUGGUUGCAGUAUAUGAGAGAGUGGGGGCCGAAGGUGAGGUAUGAUGUGGACAAGGAGUUGGAGAAGGUGAUGAGGUAUUUGCCGGAGAGGGUGAAGAAAGCGGUGGGGGAUUUGGUGAGGAGGUUGCCGAAGGAGGUGUUGGGAGAGGAGGGUCCGACCGGGCCGAAGGAGAAGGUCAGCUGGAAUGGAGAUGAGUCCUAG